AUGAAGAAGAGAAACCACCAUGGCGACACACUCCGCCAAACCACGUAUCCCACCCGCAAAACGCAAAACGCAAGACGCAAGACGCAAGACGCAAGACGCAAGACGCAUCCCCGAAGCCAUAACCACAACUUGGUAAAGAACCAAGCCGACAACAUGGCCAUCCUCGCCAAGAAAUGGGAGACCCGGCAGUCGCGGUGGAUUAUCUGGGCCUCGGCCCGUUUAUUCGACUUCCUACGAGUCAGCGAUUACGCUCUUUUCCUAGUGAACACUAUCCUACCAGUUAGCCCGUCAUGUCUAACUUCGAGAGGUAAUCUGGGGGGUUAA